UGCGUCUGUAGACAGAAAUUAAACAGUCAGAAACAUGUUUUGUGAUAUUGCUUCGUGUAAAGUUUUUUGCAUUGUACAACACCAAAUUCGUCACGCACCUCCGGUCUAACCGGAUGUAGAAUUCCGCAGUUCUGAGUCAGCUGAAAAAUACCGGAAGCAAAACAAAACUUUGCAGAUUGAGUUUGCGCUGCAUAGGGACCAAAGGAAUCUUAGAAUUAAUUGUAUGUUUUGGUGAAAGGUUUUAUUUAAUCUAUGCCGUUUUUCUUGGGAACCUGACGUCACCCAGGUAGAAAAGUUUAGAAGAGCCCUAGACCCAACGGAGACGGGCUGCCCGACGCCGAAGCCCCGAGGAACCUCACGGAGAAAGUUUUAAAAAAUUUCUCUCGGCACUUGUUUGACUUUGACUGCGAGCCUCUGCUGUAUGGCAUCUGCUGGAAAAUAGUAUAGAAAAUAAUUAAAAUUUUCUUCUGCCAGGGUUCAUAUCAGUAACAGCAGGUAAAGUGAUGCAGUGAUGAAGAGGAGUCGGCUGCUGGCGGUGCUGGUGGGGGGGCUUUUCUGUGUGGUAGUGGUGUCUAUGUACCGCAUGCUGGAGCUGAUGCAGGGCGGGGAGCCCCCUGUUGGACAGGUAAAUGAAGAUUUGUCCCGCCUCCAGCAGAAGAUUGACAAGUUGGAACAUCUUCUGAGUGGCAACAAUCAACUGGUUGCUACGCUGCGUGAUUCUCUGCUCAACCACAAAGCACUAUGGGAAACAAGGGGCGGGGUCAAUAGGAGCUUGGACUCUGCCCAUUCAUUGUCUGGCUGCCAAUCGGUGAAAAAAAUGGAGGCUGGGGAAGAUGGAGUUCAGCUGCUCGACAUUUACGACCUCCUGCCCUUCGAUAACCCUGACGGUGGCGCCUGGAAACAAGGCUUUGAGAUCCGUUACCAUGGCAAUGAGUGGGAUGAGCAGCCACUGGAGCUUUUCUUGGUCCCACAUUCACACAAUGACCCAGGCUGGCUGAAGACGUUUGAUGGUUACUAUCAGGAUCAGACCAAGCACAUCCUUAACAACAUGCUCAUCAAGCUGAGCGAGGACAACAGGAGGAAGAUGAUCUGGGCAGAAAUCAGUUAUUUUUCUAAAUGGUGGAACGAUAUUGAUAAACAGAAGAGACACUUGGUAAAACGCCUGGUGGAGGCGGGGCAGUUGGAGCUGGUGACUGGUGGCUGGGUGAUGGCUGAUGAAGCAAACUCUCAUUACUUUGCUCUGCUGGAUCAGCUGAUUGAAGGUCACCAGUGGAUACAGAAACACCUGGGUGUUAAACCAAGCAGUGGUUGGGCAGUGGAUCCCUUUGGCCACUCCCCCUCUAUGACUUACCUGUUGAAGGGGGCGGGGCUUAAAAACAUGCUUAUUCAACGUGUUCACUACGCUGUCAAGAAACACUUCGCUCAGAAACAGACACUGGAGUUCCUGUGGCGACAGAGUUGGGACUCCACCUCCCGCAGUGACAUCACAUGUCACAUGAUGCCAUUCUACAGCUAUGACGUACCACACACGUGUGGGCCAAACCCAGCCGUUUGUUGUCAGUUCGACUUCCAUCGUCUGCCGGGAGGACGCGUGUUCUGUCCCUGGAGGAUCCCACCGCAGCCAAUUACAGAGCAGAACGUCGAGGAGAGAGCACUCCUCCUGCUGGAUCAGUACCGCCAGAAGUCUCGUCUUUUUCGUUCUCCGGUUCUUCUUGUUCCUCUUGGUGACGACUUUCGGUACGUGGAUGCGAGGGAGUGGGAUGAUCAGUUCAUCAACUACCAGAGGCUCUUUGACUACUUCGACCAGCAUCCGGAGCUGCACAUCAAGGCUCGUUUUGGAACACUGUCUGAUUAUUUUCAGGCUCUUCAUGGGCAUCUCAACUCUGCAGGAACGACUUUGCCGACGCUUCAAGGCGACUUUUUCACGUAUGCUGACCGGGACGAUCACUAUUGGAGCGGGUACUUCACCUCCAGACCGUUUUACAAACGCCUGGACAGAAUCUUGGAGGCCACACUCAGAGCUUCAGAAAUCCUCUUCAGCCUGACUCUGGCUGAAAUGCGACGUUUCCAUGGUAAUGGUCGCCUUAGUGCGGAUUUUCCUGCGCGUGAACACUUUGGGCUUCUGACGGAAGGGAGAAGGAACCUGGGGCUGUUCCAGCACCAUGACGCUGUCACUGGGACCGGCCGUGACCCCGUAGUGGUUGACUAUGGCACCAGGUUGUUUCAUUCAAUCCUGAACCUGCGCCAGGUAUUACAGAGCUCUGCCCACUGGCUGAUUCUAUUGGACAAGAACCAGUACCACCAUGACCAAUCAAAACCCUUCCUGCAGAUGGAUGAUGUGAUCUCAGCUCAGGACGCUUUGCCUCAGAAGAUGACUCUCAGACUCGGCGACCAGCCCAGGCCACUGAUCAUCUUCAAUCCAACAGAGCAGCUCCAAUCGUCUGUCAUAAGCAUCCUCAUCGACUGUCCAGAUGCUCAUGUUGUUGAAGCGCAAACAGGUCGACCAAUGGCUGCACAGAUCUCUGCGGUGUGGGUGGAGUUGAACCAGGCAUCCACAGACUCCUUCCAGCUCUCAUUCAUUGCAGAACUUCCUCCUUUGUCCCUCGUCGUGUACCAUGUGAGCAAAGCAACUACGGGCUCCACGGCCCGGGCCCAAUACACAGUCUAUCGUCAUGGCAGCCAGCUAGCUGUCCAUGCUGAACCCUUUCAGGUGUCAGCCCCCCAAGGGCCUGAGGCUGAUGUUCCCCUGUCUCUUAACAACAAGCACAUCCAUAUAUGGAGCUCACCAAAGACGGGGCUGUUGCAGAAGCUACGAAUGAAGUCUGGUCUGGUUCGUCAGCUCCAGGUCCAGUUCCUAUGGUAUGGAACCAGAAGUGGAUUUAACCAGGAUAAGAGUGGUGCCUACCUGUUCCUGCCUGGGAAGGAGGGGGCCCAGCCCUAUCCAUUUGCUCAGCCCCCCCUCGUUCGGAUCUCCAGAGGUCCGAUCUUCUCGGACGUCACUUCCUGUUUCAGACACUUCACGCACACGGUCCGACUGUACCACCUGGACGGGCAUGCUGGGAGAUCCGUGGAGAUUUCCAACAUGGUGGACAUCAGGUCAGAGGUCAACAGGGAGCUGGUUAUGCGGCUCAGAAGUGACGUUGCCAAUGGCAACCGUUUCUACACUGACCUCAAUGGCUUCCAGAUGCAGCAGCGGCGGACCCUGGACAAGCUGCCCCUGCAGGCCAACUUCUACCCAAUGAGCUCUGCGUCCUUCCUACAGGACUCCACAUCUCGCCUGUCGCUGCUGUCAGCUCAGAGUCAGGCAGUUGCUGCUCUCAAACCCGGUGAGCUGGAGGUUCUGUUGGACCGACGGCUGCAGCAGGACGAUAACCGCGGUCUUGGUCAGGGCGUCACCGACAACAAGUUGACAGCGAGUCUGUACCACCUGCUGCUGGAGGAGCGGAGUGGAGGUUCUCAGGAAGUUGGAGGAGCCUCGGUGGAACACCUAUCCCUGCUCGCCCACCUGAGUUCACUCUCUCUCUCCCACCCACCGUUCACCAUGGUUGCCAUGAGCAACAGCCAACUGCCAAAGAUGCAGACAUUCCUGCCGUUGCGAUUGUCACUGCCGUGUGACGUUCACUUGCUGAACCUGAGGACGUUGGAGGACCCGCAGGAGGCAGAGAGUCCAUCCCAGGAAGCAGCUCUUCUUCUCCACAGGAAAGGUUUAGACUGUAGCGCUGCCCCAGAGCCUGUACCAGCGUGCACGUGGAGUGAGCACGAAGAGGUGAAUCUAGAUGAGCUUUUCUCUCCUCUUCGCUUCCGAUCUGUCCGGCGCUCCGGUCUCACACUGCUGCGUGACGAUGAUGAAGAGCCCAAUUCUGGCCAGCACCGGCCACCACACGUUGCCCGUCUGCAGCCAAUGGAAAUCAGCGCCUUCCGCGUAGAGAUCCAUGAUUCAAAUUAAAAGUUAAAGCUGCCAAAACAUGGAGCCAAAAAACAAGAAAACCACUUAGGAGGAAAAUGUAAAGAAGAAACACAAAGCAGAAACCACGUUGCUGUGAAACUUGCUGGAGAAAGAACCUGACAAGCUGUGAAUCAUUAAAAUAAUGAAGCUGCAGCUUCAAUGCUAAUAAAUAAAACUGCAAACUAGAAUCUAACUAUAAUCCUCAUCACUUCCUCAGUUUGAUGCCAGUGGAACUGGACGAGUUGAAGCGUUCCUGUUGAUGUUUAGAACAGGUUAAAGGGCUCAUACUGAAGGUCAAACGUCAGACAAACUGGAAAAACUCCCGUCUGUGUUUGAACAGGUGAUGUUGCCAUGGUUACAGAAAAGGGGCCAAUCAUAUGUUUUGCGAAUCUGUAUUUUAAUGGCAACUGUCAAUCAUUGCCAGUUGUGUUACUACUGCUUUGUUUUUCUUUAGUGAUGAAUGUGGGGAAAUUAAGUUUGUGUUAAUUCUGAUGCUGGAUGUUUUUCACUGACUUUGUUUGUUUUACUUGAAUGUGGUUGUUUUGUAAUUUUCUGUUUUAAUUUUAGGAAACUCUGGGAAACCUUUGGGCAUUCAUUUUAGGAAACUCUGGGAAACCUUUGGGCAUUUAAUGUAAAGAAAUCUUUGAACAGGAUUAUUUCAGAUGAAUAUAAUAUAUUUUUUUAAAUUAAACAUUAUUUUUACUUUAUACUAAAUGCUUUUCUUUGCUUUUGGGAUAAAUUUGUGGUUUUAAUACUGAAAUAAAUUAUUACAUGUUUCUGAUGA